UGGUGAAUACCGGUGAAACUUAUCAACAACAAUCACAUUCAGAAAUAAAAAACUUUAUUGCAUAGCUACCAUAAAAUUAACCCAAAGUUCUCAUUUAGUAGAUUUCACUGUGACAGUUUGCACACCUCUAUUAUGUACAGUGACAUGUAGGCAUGUAAAAAAAAUACCCACAAGUGUUUGAUCCGCAUUGCUAAUCUGAUCCAAGGGAUAUUAAUGUUUUUUCCUUCGAUCUCAUAGCGCUGAAAAGACAGCAGUUUCUCCCUGAAGUCGUAGGGUAAGCGCUAAUUUUUACGGUGCAUCAAAUCAGCUUCGAGGAUAUUGACAGGCAAGUGUGUCAAAAAACUGGUGAAGCAGCUGAGAUCCUUGUGACACUAUUAUAAAGAUGGCGUUUAUUAAAGAGGAGAGUGAAGAAAUUAAGAUUAAAGACACAUUCAGAGUGAAACAAGAAGAUACAGAGGAACAAACAAAGAUGGCGCUUAUUAAAGAGGAGAGGGAAGACAUGAAGAUUGAAGAAAUAUUCAGAGUGAAACAAGAAGAUACUGAGGAUCAAACAAAGAUGGCGCUUAUUAAAGAGGAGAGUGAAGACAUGAAGAUUGAAGAAAGAUUCAGAGUGAAACAAGAAGAUACUGAGGAUCAAACAAAGAUGGCGCUUAUUAAAGAGGAGAGUGAAGACAUGAAGAUUGAAGAAAGAUUCAGAGUGAAACAAGAAGAUGCUGAGGAACAAACAAAGAUGGAGUUUAUGGGCUCGGUGCACAAGAUGGCAUACAUAAAGUUCCCGGACGCAAGUGUGUGCAUGCUUACUUCUGAUCGCAAUAACACUGUGAGGGAAGAGGAGCAGAGAGCGAAUAUGACUGGGUUAAAUGUAAAAAAGAACAAACUAAUCUAUCAGCGACAGCAGAGAAGAUCAUCGCUACAUUGCUGUGUACCCCAGUGUGCUAAUUCAUCUCGUUAUAACGCUGUGAUAAGCUUUCAUGCAUUCCCGAUUGACUCAGAAGUUCGGGCUCAGUGGGUAGCCAGCAUUCGCAGGGACAACUUCACUCCUACAAAAAACACUAGAGUGUGUAGUGUACAUUUCCAACGAGAUGAUUUUGUUUUGACUACUAGGACACUAAGAAAACUUAAAAAGGGAACUGUCCCUUCUCGUUUUGUGUGGAAUGACUAUACACUACCCACACAGAGAGAAAAUGUUUGAGACCAUCGACCAAGAUGCCCAGUACCCCAGACAUCCCCAUCUGACUUCAAGAUGAGUGAAACCAAAGUCUUUAUUUGUCAGCAAAGCUCCACAUAGUGUCAUCCGGCAGGGUUUUGCUGACAAAUAAACAGGCUCAGUACAACUGAAAUGGAGAAAGAUUAUCAUUGUUCAUUUACAUAUAUUGUCGACAUUCUAACAAUGCAAAGCUAGUUGAAAAUCAGCAAACUUGUCCUUUAAAUUAAAGCAGGGGUGUUCAGCCCUGCUCCUGGAGUGCGACUGUCAUGCAGACAACAGUUCCAACCCCAAGCAAGCACACUAAACACCAUAAUUUGGUGGUUUGCUGGUUGAGGUUUGUUUGUUUGUUUGAGGUUACAGCUAAACUCUGUGGGACAGUAGCUCUCCUGUAGCAGGUAUGAACACCCCUGAAUUUAAAGAGACAGUUUACCUUUUACUCAACCUGUGUAGACGUUUGUAAAGUGUAAAAUGCCUUAAAUGAUCUUGUAACUUUGUAACAAAUUUUAUUUUACAACAAUCACUCCCAAGGUAUUUACAUAUAGAGUUAACAAUUAAAACGUUACUAUAAAACUA